UCAAUUUCAAGGAGCGCGGCUUUUCCAUAGAGUCCGAUCCCCAUCUGUACAUAAAUAUGUGAGUUAGCAGCUUGGUUUGGAGAGCUACCGCUAACUUGUGGAACACAAAAAAAAUACGGAACCGAUCUUAUUGCAGCAUGUGAUAUCUUUAGAGCUUUCUUGGCAAAGGAAUCUCUAUACCACCAUCAGAAUCAUGUGGCCCAGACUUCUUGACAUGGAGGAGAAGGAGUGUAGGAGUGUAUUGCGGAGGCUUGAACUAGAGGCCUACUCAUCGGUCAUAAGUGCCUUCAGAGCCCAGGGAGAUCUCACCCCAGAGAAGAAAAGUCUGCUGAGAAGUGUUGCUUCGACCCUGAGUAUAUCAACUGAGAGACACAAAGCUGAAGUUAGGAGGGCUGUGAACGAUGAGAAACUAACCACAAUAGCUGAGAGGGUUGGAGGAGAGAACAACUCCUUGGAGUGGUCGGUAGAGGGCAGGAGACUUGUUCCUCUGAUGCCAAGAUUCAUCCCUCAGACGGCUUACACAAUGACAGCCAAUCAAAUGGCUAAUAUGGCACAUGCCCACAAUGCAACACUCCCCGAUCCAGAGGAAACGGCCAGAAAAGAUGGAGACGAGUCCAGAACAUCAUCAGACGGCUCUGGUGAGAGUAACUAUAUCGUGCUUCCCCCUGGGACCAUCUUGCCAAAAUCUUCACUUGAUCUGCAGCAGCUAGACGAGCAAGCCAAACAGCGCCACCUAUCAUCCUCCUCAGCCUGCUCCUUCACCAGUAGCCCAGCCUCAUUUCUCAGCGCCCUGACCUCAGGCAAGCUCUCCUCUCAGAGCUCAUCGUCGUCGGAGGGCAGGUCAAAGGGCAGGUCGACGAGCGGCAGCAGUACAGCGCCCUCUACCAUGAAGAUCACCUUCACAAAAGUGGGAAGUGGUACCACGCCUACUACCAGCCAAGCUGCACAGAAGGUGGGGUUUUUCUCCUUCACUCUUAGAAGGAACCGGUGUUCCUAA